CUUUGGUCGAUCAAGGCACCGCAGCAGUCCCGCCUUUUGUUGACUCCUAAUAACGACUCUCAAUCCCUUAAGGUAGCCGCCAGCGCCAGAAACAUAAACCGUCCAACAAAAUGUUCCUCCACCGGAUUCUAGCCAUCGCAGGCCUUGCCACUUCGGCUGGGGUCGGUGCCAUCCCAACCCCAACGAACACCGACCUCCCUCCGCCCAACCCGUGGCCCGAGGUCAUCGGUAGCAUCCCAGACUUCACGAUAGCCAAGUUCGAGGCACAAGCCAUAGUCCUGAGCGACCGGACCUACGUCAAUUUCUACAUCAGCCCCUACCCGGGCUCAGCCUUCGCCCACUGCUUCGGCACGGGCACGACGUCGGACCACAAGCUCAGUAGCAUCCCGCAGACGUGGUGCAAGAGUGCCAACGGCACGGAGAUGAACGACGAGAACCUGUGGACGACGACCAACGACAUCUGGUUCUCGUGGACCGUGGGCGAGGAUGUCGACCCCAAGGGGGCUCCGGGGACCGACCCCAUCGACUCCAUGUACUACAAGAACGGCGCGUACCUCAGGAUCGUGCGGCAGGGCCACGGCGAGAAGCAGUCGCGCGACGAGUCGAUCCACCAUGUCCUGCCGUACGAGUUCGAGACUGUCGGUGAGGAGAUGCUGGAGCAUCAGGUUUAUACGGGUGACCAGAACUUUUCGACCAAGGCUCUGAGGGUUGAGGCCAAGGAUUGAAAAGGCAUAAAGGAGCAAAGGCGAUGAUUAAUGGUAUGAUGGAUGGGGAACGGUUGCUUCCAUGUCUUCUAUGUCUACAAGAGGGGUUGCUUGGUGGGGAGUUUAUGUAUGGACGGGAAUGUGAUAUUGCCUCUCUUCUGAGCAUGUCGGGCUAGUCAUAUGGGAGGAAUU